AUGCAGAAUAUGGGCCUGGACCUCCCCCAAUCCGACCGCACGGUGCGCGUGCGCCUGGUGGACACCACCACCGUCAUGACCGUCGACGCUCUCGCCUUCGUCGACCCCGUGCAAGAACACCACGAGCAUCUUAACCUGACUGACGUCGCUUUUCUCAUUGAGAAUGACACCACCGGCCAGAAAGUCAUGUUCGAUCUGGGCACGCGCAAAGACUAUUGGAAUCUCCCGCCGGUAACCCUAAAUCGAGGCGCUCACAUCUUGUCAGGGCUGAAGAUCAACCAAGAUGUAACGGAGGUGUUAGAGGGGAAUGGUGUUAAGCUCGACACCAUCUCAUCCAUCAUUUGGUCGCAUUAUCACUGGGAUCAUACCGGUAACCCGGCCCUCUUUCCUCCGUCAACCAGUCUCGUCGUCGGUCCGGGAGUCACGAAAUCCCCGCUCUUGUUACCUGGGUAUCCCGAAAACCCGAACUCUGUACUCUCAGCUGAGGCCUUUGCAGGCCGAGAUGUCAUUGAGGUCAACUUUGACACGACAGGACUGACAAUCGGCGGAUUUCGCGCGAUGGACUUCUUCGGUGACGGCUCGUUCUAUCUUCUUGACACACCCGGCCACUGCCUCGGCCACAUGUGCGCCCUAGCACGCACCACAAAAGACACCUUCGCCUUCCUAGGAGGCGACAUCUGUCACUUCGUGGGGGACUUCAGGCCAUCACCAGCAGUAUCUCUCCCAGAGCACAUCCCAGAUGGAGCCCUCGACCACGAUCCAGCCUAUUUUCCCGCACCAUGCCCCUGCAAUCUCUUCACCGACCAGCAUCCAAUUGUGCCGACAUCAAGUACAGACGCGAAAACGACCCCAUUCUUCAAGGUAUCCAGCCACGCGACAAGCGUCAACACCGACCCAGCCACAGCACAGCAGUCUGUGGAUACGCUGCGCGCGUUCGACGCCUCGCCGUCUGUUCUGGUGUGUCUUGCUCACGAUCCGGAACUGUUGCGGUUUCUACCGACGUUUAACGAGAUGCCCUCGGCGGAUAUCAAUGGUUGGAAGGAGAAUGGUGUUAAGGAGAAAGUCCGCUGGGGCUGGCUGAAUGAGUUGCCGCGGGGUGGGAGGCCGGGACGAUCACCGUUGGUUGAGGGGUUGUGGCGGGAUGGGCGGGUGUGGGAGGAGGGUAGGGCUGUAUUGUGUGGGGAGGCAAAGGCUUAG